AUGCUCGUAAUUUUGUUGCCACUGCCACAUGUUUGCAGAUAUGCUUUUGCUUCUCCUCUAACCAAUGAUGCUCGGGUACCCCAAUUGGUGACUGUAAGCCAAAUGGUCAUGGUCCAUAUUGAUUGUCAUCAGAAUGCAAUUCGUAGAAGUGGAGGUGGACGGAAUGUUGAUGAAUGGUCUAAAGCCUCUCUGCAUAAUGCCGGUGCCAAGUGCAACGCUCUAACUCCAAUAGCUAUUGGAACGGCAAGCGAAGCUGAUUGGGCCCUUGCCAUUAACAGGUACCAAGCUGAUCUGGAAGUGGCUGCUCCCGUUCCUCCACUGUGUCGUGCAAUUGUCUUUGUCGACAUUUGUGAGCUGAUCGAUAAAUUCGUGUACUUCAGAUCAUUCUCGGAAGCAUCCCAAGGAGGAGGGCGAGAGUCGAAUGCGCAGUACUUGGCCGUUCUACACCUGUUAGCUCUCUGCCUUCCACCAGACGAGUUACCCACUCGUAACGCUCGACAUCGUGUUGUGUCGUUCCUGAUGACUGAGCUUACCCUGCAAAGUUGGCUUGAGCAACGAGUUGAUGUAGGUUUUUCCGUCUUCGCGGUAAACUCAUAG